AUGGUCUCGAAUAUUUUUUUUACUGGCCGUGACAACCCUGAAAGAGUCCCAGCCAGUGAUAAGCUCAAGAAAGGCGAGCUUGCUCUCGUCUGGUUCAGGGCCCGUGCUACCCCUGGCGGGUGGAGCAGCCGAACCCGAUGCCCUUGUCCACCUCCUGUCGCUCGUUUUCCGUCUCCGUGUCCCAUCGAGGUCGAUGAAAGUCUGGCGUUGUGGCACCGCGCACACCCGUUAUCAAGGCGCAUCUUGCUUUUAAGGACCUUCUUUGAGAAAACACAGCGGGACGACUGGAAAAUUACACAGUCGCUUCGCCGCGUCAGCCCGCAGAAGCAGCCCGAGUCCUGCAGACUCCCCCUGGUCCAGUCCACACGCCCCCUCAAAGGGCCCAAACCUCGAAACCUCGAAGGACGUCGUUGCCCAACAAUCGUCCACUGUUCUUACCGGCACACGACCGACUGGCGCCUUGCCAGUUUACAGGACGAGGCGACCAUGAGCCCCCCGACGACCCCAACCCUAAGCCAUGGCAACAGCAACGGCACGGGCAACGGCACGGCGAAGCCCUCGGGUCGCGCCCCGAGGAGGAGUGGGAAGCCCCAGCACAUGAACGGGCCGCUCUAUAAACAGGCGAACAGCAAUGUCGUCCUCGUCCGCAGAGUCAAGAGGAAGAACGAAGGCCCCAUGAAGCAGCUCACCCGCUGGUUUGUCAACAACCAGAUUGGCUUCUCCUUCAACCUUCUCGCCCUUCUCUUUCUCGCCCAUGGCAUGCCCCGGGCGCGGGAUUACACGGCCAAAUACUUCAACCUCUCAUACUACAACCCGAGCACCGGGAACUAUGGGCUGGGCUGGGCGGAUGGCCAUGUCGUCUUGUUCAGCAUCGUCCUCCUGACCGGCUUGCGCGCCGCGACCAUGGAGUACAUCCUGGCGCCGUUCGCCAAGUCUCAGGGCAUCUCUAAGAGGAAGGACAUUACUCGGUUUAGCGAACAGGCGUGGAUGUCAGUCUACUACUCAUUCUUCUGGCCCCUCGGCUUGGGUCCUGCCCAGUACAUCUACUAUCAAUCGCCCGCCUACUUCAACCUGCGAGAGCUGUGGACGGGGUGGCCCGACCGCGAGCUGACCGGGCUCAUGAAGGGCUACAUGCUCGCGCAGCUCGGUUUCUGGCUGCAGCAGAUGGUUGUCAUCAACAUCGAGGAGCGCAGGAAAGACCACUGGCAAAUGUUCACUCACCACAUCGUCACGAGCGUCCUCAUCUACACCUCGUACCGCUACGGCCACACACGCGUGGGCAACCUCAUUCUUGUCUUGAUGGACGUGUCCGACCUAGCCCUGGGGCUUGCCAAGUGCCUCAAGUACCUCGGCUACCACACUAUCUGCGACGUCAUGUUCGGCGUCUUCAUGGCUUCGUGGCUGGCUGCGCGCCACUUUCUGUACCUGGCCGUGUGCUACUCGGUGUGGGCGCACACGCCCGACAUCAUGCCGACGGGCUGCUUCAAGGGCUCGCGCGACAACCUCGUGGGACCGUUCGACCCCCCCACCGAACAAGGGUUCUCGUACCUGCUCGAGCCGCUGUGGGACUCGGAGGGCACCUUCUGCUACAACGAGACGGUCAAGUGGUCGUUCCUGUCCAUGCUGCUGUUCCUGCAGUGCCUGACCAUCAUGUGGUUCUUUUUGAUCGUCCGCGUCGCGAUCAAGGUCAUCAAGGGCGCCCCCGCCGAGGACGUGCGCAGCGACGACGAGGGCGCCGAGGUCGAGGACGAGGACGAGUUUGUCUACGAGGAGGCCAAGCCCCUCGAGGAGGAGGUCGGGGUCGACGAGAUCGAUCUCAAGAGCUGGGAGCGCAGGUCGGGCGUCAAGCGCCAGGGCCCCUCCACCUCGGGCGUCAGCCUGCCCGGGCACAGCGACCGUAAGGAGCUCCUGGGUCGCAUCGGGUGUGACAAACAGGUCGAGUGA